AUGGAGGCAGGAAACCUCAGCCAGGUCUCCGAGUUCCUCCUCCUGGGCCUCUCCGAGGACCCCCGGGAGCAGCAGCUGCUCUUCGUUCUCUUCCUGGUUAUGUACCUGGUCACAGGGCUGGGCAACCUGCUCAUCGUCCUGGCCAUUGUCACCGACGCCCGGCUCCACACCCCCAUGUACUUCUUCCUGGCCAACCUGGCCUCCGUGGACAUCUGCUUCACCACCACCACCAUCCCCAAGAUGCUGGUCAACCACGUCUCGGGGCACAGGGGCAUCCCGUAUGCCGGCUGCCUCACCCAGAUGUUCUUCUUCAUCUGGUUCAUCUGCAUCGACAGCUUCCUGCUGGGCGCCAUGGCGUAUGACCGCUAUGAGGCCAUCUGCCGCCCCCUGCACUAUGCCACGUCCGUGACCCCUCUGGUCUGUGUCCUGCUAGUGGUAGCGUCCUGGGCUGGGGCUUUGGGGAAUGCCCUGGUGCACACGAUACUGAUGGCCCAAUUGUCCUUUUGCGCCCACAACCGGGUGCCCCACUUCUUCUGUGACGUCAGCCCCCUGCUGAGACUGGUGUGCUCUGACACAUCCCUCAUCAACUUCGUCCUGAACACCGUGGGCGCGCUGCCCCUGUUCAUUCCCUUCAUGGGCAUCCUGGUCUCCUAUACCAACAUCUUCGCGGCCGUGCUGAGGAUCCCAUCCACCAAGAGCAAGCAGAAGGCUUUCUCCACCUGCGGCUCCCACCUCUCCGUGGUCACCCUGUUCUACGGGACCCUCAUCGGGGUGUAUUUCAACCCCACAUCCUCCCACACUGCCCAGAAGGACACAGUCGCUGCAGUGAUGUACACGGUGGUCACCCCCAUGAUGAACCCCUUCAUCUACAGCCUCCGGAACAAGGACAUGAAGGGCGCCCUGGUGGCCCUGGUCAGCAGGAGGAGCUGGACCUCUCGAGGCCUUGCCAGGGCUUCGGGACAGGACGCUGGGACUGCUCGGCCAGCCGGGGCACAGGCCUUGCAGGUGGGGGGCUGGUCUGGAUUCUGUCCCGAACACCACAGGGUCCCCGAGCCAAGAGUAACCCCUGAGGACUGCUGGGGUGAACUAAAAUCCUUGGAAAUCCUGUCCACAUGCUGAGGCGUCACAGCCAGGUGCCAGCCGGCCACCUGGCCUUAGGUCACGAGCUGUCCUAGGUAGAAACGGCUUCACAAAUGCCGGGAGUGGUGGGCGGGGCUGGAAAAGGCGCAUCCGCUCUCUGCUCCCCCACUCCUGGUGUUGCUGCAUGCGGUGCCACGGGUCAAAUCCUGUGAGGGACCUCGCCCCAUCUGUCUUCCAGAUUUAGCACUUGGCCCUUGACUGAAACUUUAUUUCUCCAGUCAUUAAAAUGCAGGGUUGGGGGGCCGGAGUGGUAGCACUGUGGAGAGGGUAUUUGCCUUGCACACAACCGACCUGGCUUCGAUCCCCGGCAUCCCAUAUGGUCCCCUGAGCACCGCCAGGAGUAUUUCCUGAGUGCAGAGCCAGGAGUAACCUCUGAGCAUUGCCAGGUGUGACCAAAAAAGUUAGAAAAAGAAAUAAAAGGGAGGGGCUGGAGUGAUAGCACAGCGGGUAGGGCGUUUGCCUUGCACGCGGCCAACCCGGGUUUGAAUCCCAGCAUCCCAUAUGGUCCCCCGAGCACCGCCAGGAGUAAUUCCUGAGUGCAUGAGCCAGGAGUGACCCCUGUGCAUCGCUGGGUGUGACCCAAAAAAAAAAAAAAAAAAAGAAAUAAAAGGGAAAAAAUGCAGAGCUGAGGCCUGGGAAACGGUGCGGCUGAUCGGGGCCGGGGCACGGGGCCGGUGUGUGUGUGACCAAAGGAAAGAAACUGCUCCAAAGGCCCCGCUAUAAAUGUUCCUGUUCCUUUAACCGAGACGCCUGUUAAUUCAUCCCCCUCCCUUUUCAAUCCUCACCAGAAAAACUGGCCCAGGCCAAAGAAGAGAACGUGGGCUUACACCAGACACUGGACCAGACGCUAAAUGAACUUAACUGUAUCUAGCAUGGCCGCUCCCAGCACACCCGGCUCUGUGGAUUACGGGGCCAAUCGUGAAUACUGACCAAAUAUUUUGUAUCAGAGAAAGCUUCGAGCACCAGCCCCCUCGCCUGCCUGCCUUCCUUCCUUCCUUCCUUCUCUCUGUUCGGCAGGGUCCCUCCACUGCUCAUUCUUCAGCCCCCACCUGGAGCUCCCACCUGGAGCUGGCCUGGGUGCCUGAUUGGCUUCGAGGCCCAUGCACACGCUUCCUGCUCCUGGGGGGGUGGGGGGUGGGCCAACCCAUUCAAACAAAGGGGCUUUUCCACCCAGAGCCCAGGCGGGUGGCCACACCAGGGGCAGGUAAACCUGAUCAUCCCGGCUCUUUGCGCCUGCCACCACAUGGAACAGCCUCUCCGUGGGGGCAGGGUGGGGGGCUCUCCAGACCCCUGCAGCCCCCCAGAGUUAUUCCUGCACCUGCACUGGAACAGCCGCCCUAGGCGGGAGGGGAGGUGACCACCAUGUCAGCCCAGUACUGACCACUGGUCAAGCCGCUGCCGGGCAGCAGCCCUCUGUCCUUCAGAGCAGCCAGCCAAUCUCCCUUCCCUCGACCGUCGCCAGGCCCCAGUGGGUGAAAGGCCAAGAAACUCCUGAUCAAACUGGAUACGGGGCCCUCUGAGCCAAGGCUGCGUCUCUGGGCCCUGUCUCAUUUCUGCCUUUCCCAGUGAACAUCUCCGAGCUGAGACAUUCCGUGCACCCCCACCCGGCGCGGCACGGGGACCAGCUGAUGUUUACAGUCCCUCACCUCGGCCCGAGUGCGCCCUGCUGCCGGCCUCACUGUCCUAUUUAUUGAGCUCCACACUACCUGACACUAGCCAAGGUGCAAUGAUGAAUGAAGUCCACUCUCCCCUAGAUUCUCGCAACUGUGUCCUAUGUAACAGUUUCACUUUUUCUACAUUUUGGUCCAAUAAAUUUUUACAUAAAGGA